AAACCAACGAACACAGAUGAAUGAAUCGAAUCGGAGGAUACUUUUCCAUUUCAUUUGUUUUUCUCUUCAUCAGCUUUCGGUGUCGGCCAGCCUUCUCCACGUUUCUUCAGUCUGUAUAAUUCAAUGCCAAUACGCACGACAGAGAGUAUGCAUAGCUGUUGCUGAGCCAAAAAGGCAAGAAGAAAAAAGCAAUAAAGGAAAGUUCAGCGGAUUCUAUUGCUUUUUCUUGCUUCCUUCGGAAACUCAUCUCUUUCUCUUUAACCCUGGUAAUAUCAUGUCUUUUCAAUUUCGCCCAAUUCUUUGCCACUCCGUGGAUCAUCUGAUUCUGUCGGUUUUCUGAGGUGGGUUUCUUCGAAUUCUGUCGAUUUGAUCUGAUUUAUUGGGUUUCUUUUGUCCCUAAUUUGAUUUCCAUCUGGACCCGAUUGGGAGCUAGAAGGUGAUUUUCAGAGAAAUGGGUCCUGAGAUGUUCAGGUUUGGAGUUCAAAUGAGAAAAGUCGUGAUCUUGUCGAUCAGAACUUGUUUUCGAUCAGUUCGGAAUCAUCCAUUUCUUGUUGCUGUGAUGUUUAUGUUGUUUUUACUGUACAGAUCGUUUCCCUUUCUGUUUUCCCUUUUAGUUUCAGCUUCGCCUGUUCUUGUUUGCACUGCUAUUUUGCUUGGAACUCUUUUGAGUUUCGGGCAGCCAAAUAUACCCGAAAUUGAGAAGGAAGAGAAGGUGACUCAUGAGAUUGUGUCACUUAAAACUGGGACUCAGAGUGAUGCCUCUGUAGUUGAGAGAGAUGAGAGCUUUGCGGUGGAGAGGUACACUUCGAAGAAGAGGGAUUUAGAUGAGAAUUCGAUUGGGGAAGCAAGUUCAGUUGGGGAUAUGGUCAGUGAAGUUAAUAGAAGUGAUAGUGGUUUGGUUUAUAGUGCCGCAUUGAUCCAUGAGAAUUCCCGGGAGAUUCAGUUUGAGAAGAAGGUAAUUGAUGAAGGGGAAAGGGAGUUAAGUGAUUCAGGAUUCGAAAGGAAGGCUGAAAUGAGUGAAGAGAAACUUGACAAACGGGUGAUUCUUGAGAAUCAGUACUCUCAAAUUCGUAGUGUGGAAGAUGAAAAUGGUUACUUGAGUAAUGACAGAUCACCGGUGGGAUCUAUAGAUUCUCGGAUGGCAGAUCGGGCAGACUCUACCCCAGGUUCACUGUGGAAACGAGUUGAUGAUGAAGAGGAAGUGGAUGAUGGGUCUUCAGAAACGGGGUCUGAUCGGGCUGAGAGUUCUUCGCCUGAUGCUUCGAUGGCUGACAUCAUUCCAAUGCUUGAUGAGCUCCACCCUCUUUUAGAUGAAGACGUUCCUCAACCUGUUCAUGUGUCUCAUGAUGGCUCCGAUGCUGGUUCGGAGCAGCUCCAGAAAUCUAGCAAUGGCACCAAUGAAUCUGAUGAGGAUAGUGAAAACCAUGAAGAGGAAGUUGGUGAUGAACAUGAUGAUGGGGAUGAAGAGGAGGAAGAAAGAUGUGAUGGCAAAGAUGUUGCAACAAAAUCUGCAAUUACCUGGACAGAGGAUGACCAGAAGAAUCUCAUGGAUUUGGGGACUUCUGAGUUGGAAAGGAACCAACGAUUGGAGAAUCUUAUAGCCAGAAGAAGGGCACGAAGGAUGAUGACUGAGAAGAACUUGAUAGACUUAGAUAGUACUGAUCUUCCCUUCAAUAUCGCGCCUAUUUCAACUAUAAGACGUAAUCCUUUCGAUCUUCCUUAUGAUUCUAAUGACAACAUGGGGUUACCGCCCAUUCCAGGGUCUGCCCCUUCCAUCUUGUUACAAAGACGAAACCCAUUUGAUAUUCCUUAUGACUCGAGUGAAGAGAAGCCUGAUCUUACUGGAGAUAGUUUUCAACAAGAGUUUACUACAUUUGCUCCUAAGGAGAUGCUCUUCCGCAGGCAUGAAAGUUUUAAUGUGGGACCAUCGCUGUUUGGGCCUCCCAGGCAGGAGAAGCAAGAGAUCAAGCUAAAACCUUAUUUUGUAGCAGAAAAGUUUGUUUCAGAAGGGACAAGCUAUUCCUCCUUCCAAAGACAAAUGAGUGAUCUUAGUGAGUCCAAAGUGAGUUCUGUUCCUGAAACGGAUUCUGUGUGUUCUGUUGGGGACCAGGACGAUAAGAAGCUUUCUGAAGGUGAUUUUUCUCAGGAAGCAGAGUUGAUGUCUGAUGUAGAGAACCCUGCUGAGCAUGUUGGACAUGGAAGUGAAUCCUCUGAAGAUUUUGAUGUUGUGGAAUUAGGCCAAGUUGAGAAUACAGGCAUUGAACAUGAUGAGCUGGAAAUUAAAUUGGGGGAUGUUGAAAAUCAUCCUGAAGUGGUGUCUGACUUUUUCGGGGCAAGAGAUGAAGCUAAUCUUGGAGAACAUGACACAGCUGAAAGUCAUUUGACUGCAUUAGCUGAUGAGGUUAAUUACAGUAGUAGAUCAAGCUCAUCGUCAUUGUCAGAAGUACAUGAAAGGAUCUUUGAUGAGAAGGAAAAUGAAGGACACAAAAGGAUGUUUGAUGAGAAAGAGAAUGAAGUGGAUGAAAAGAUCUUUAAGGAGAAAGAAAAUGAUGUAUCCUCAGGCAUGGAGACUAAAACAGUAACUAUUACUGAGAGUAGCAUAUCAAUUCAAUCUUUGUUGGAAGAGUUAGACAUCAAUGCUGCUGUAGGCUUGGUGGUUGGCAGUCAACCAAAGGAGCCUGUUUAUGACUUGAGCCCGCAGGCAGUUCAGAAGAAUCUCUUGUCUUCGUCCAUUUCCUCCAACAUGCAAGUAGAAACAUCUGAAAAGUCCUUUACACCAAUAUUGCUUGAAAGAACAGUGUCUUUUGGAGAUAAGGAACCUGAAGUGAGUAAUCAGAGCAUAAAAAUGGAUUCUCCUAGCAACAACCAGAUUUCGGUAGACUCAUCACAGGUACAUCUAGAGGAUAAUUCAGAUAAAGAAUCUGAAGUGAUUAAUCAGAGCAUAAAAGUGGAUAAUCCUAGCAGUGAACAGAUUUCAGGAGACUUAUCGCAAGUACAUCCAGAGGAUAAAUAUGAGCAAAGUACAAGUGUAGUAACAGAGAAAGCUGAGGAUGUUAUUUUGAAUCAUGGGUUCUCUAGAGACGGCCAAAACUUGGACACGGCAAAUGCAUCAAUAGUUCCAGAAUUUCUUGCUGAGUCUGUUUCAAAUAAUUUAAAUCCAUCUUCAGACUCUGAAGCAGUGGAGGACCAUCUGAUUUAUCAAGAUGGAAGUUAUCAUCACGAACAAGUACCCUCAUCGAGCAUUAAUAUAGAUACUGAUGUUGCCACUGACAAAGUUGAGGGUGACAAUGUGGAUUCUGUGGCUCUUAAUUCUGAGUACAAGUCUUCUGGAGAUUUGACUUCCACUAUUAUGAAUAAUGAACAGCCUAUGGUGGUUUCUGAGCAAGUUUCUGAUAUCCAUCCUGUUGCAUCUUCUUGUGAAAAUGAAUGCAUAGAAGAGCAUCCAGUCAAUAAAGAAGUAGUUCUUCAGGUUACACAAGAUCAAAUCCACUCAUCAAGCUCUGAUGCAAAUUUCCAUGUUGGCAUCCUCCAAGAUGCAAAUGAUGAUAUAUUGUCCACACAUUCAGAAUCUGUUUCUGAAGUAAAGCCUGUGUAUGAGUUGGAUAAAGCACAGCCCUCAUCAGACAAAGCUGUGGUGGAAUUUUCUUCUGAAAAUCAUCAUGAAUUGGUAGAUGAGUCAAUUAUCCACGUGAUGCAUACUGUGGAAGUUGGGGCUGACAGCAAUUUUGAUGCUUCUGAAGUCCAGCCAAAUGAAGUUUCAUCAAGUGUCUGCUCUCUUUUAACUCAUGAACCUAGCUUCUUGACAUCUGAGGUUUCUGAAAGCAGAUCAACGACAGCUUUAGUUGAUUUAAAUGACAGUACCCUUGAUCUGAUUGAAAAUCCAGACUAUGGUUUGAAAGUUAAGACAUUCAAUUUUUUAGUGGAAGCAAUUGGUUCCGAGGUUCAGGAGCAGGCCUUCAUUGAAGAGGAAGAUGAGAUCAAGGAGAUAGAUGAAGGGUUAUUGGUGGAACUGGAUUCUGUUGGAGACUUUAGUGUUAAAAAUUUGGGAUCAAACUUGGAUGAGAUUGAAAGUAACAGGCUUCCUGGUGGAGAGAUAAACUCUGAGAUGCCUCUUGUUGAAGCACGAUCAAUGAAUGAUAUUGAUUCCAUUUUUAAGAACACCAGCCCACUAAUGAAAAUUGAAGCUGAAGUUACACAGCAGGGUCAAAUUAAGGAAGAGAGCAAUUCUGUAAUGCCAUCACCUGAAACAAGGUCCCUUGAAGGUGUUGAUGCAUCUUGCAGGCAAAUCAGUGAAGAAGAAACCAAAAUGCCUGUUGUUGUGGAGUCGCUUAAUGCUAAGCUGAUACCUGAAGGAACACAGACUGUGCGUUCUGACCAUGGGUCAUCCCACAAAGAUUCAGACAUGACAGCGACCGAGAUGGAGUUGUCCGUUGUUGAAGCAAGAUCAAUAGAGGAUAUUGAGUUUUCCUUUAAACAGCUCCAUAACAUUGAGGGAGAGAGUAUUUCCAGUUCAGUUGAUGAUAGGCCCACUUAUGUAGAACCCAUGGACCCGGCAAAACCCAAUUCAGACCUGCAUGUUGAAAGAGAAAGAAUCAUGAGUCCAGUUGAUUACAGUUCCAGUGUUGUAGAACAAGAGGAUCCAACAGAAACCAAUCCAGACUUGCAUGCUUUUGAAGUAAGAUCGCUUGAAGAUGCUGAUAUGGCUCUAAAGCUAUCCUCAAAUGAUAACAUAGACAGGCUGCUGAAAUCAGAUUCUGAAGAUGGAUCAGCAAAAAGAGAAACAGACGAAGUGGGUUCCAAAACAACUGAAUCCAGCACCAAAGAGCCUGGUGUAUCACAAAGUUGUACUAGCACUCCCGAACCAGACUAUGGAGCUGAAACAUCUGGCUAUAUAAGUUUGAGCAGAUCAGAUGACAAAAGUGAGAAGGCAAAGUCUCGUAAACCGCACUCUAGUUCCAGCUCCAGCUCAAGCUCCAGCGACUCUGUCUAGGGAGUGAAAUUGCAACAGCAAGCAACAGAGAAGAAAUAAUUUGGUGUUUUGAGUCUUCGCCUUUAUUGUUCCUUUGAGAUAUUGGCAGUUUUGGUCUACUCGUUUGGUUCCAGUUUGUGUUUUGGAUAACAGAAACCGGCUUUUUUGUUGCUUCUGGUAACUUCUUAACUAAUUUAUUUGCCCUUCAAGAA